CUGGGACCGAUAAUGAAAGAUAAUUUUCCUACUGAAGGCAACGCUUCGCAACAGGCGCUGGAGUGGAUGCACUUAGGUCUGAACACCUUCAAGUAGAGGCUCUACAGUAAGGGGGAGAUAACCAGGAUGCCUGUACGUCAUACGACAUGUCUGGCGUUUGCGUUGUCACUCCUGGCGAGGGCUGCAGUCGCUUCAGAGUGUUUGGCAGUGUGUUCGGAGAGGACUGUACCAAGCUCUGUCGGUGCAAGAGCAGCAGCGAGGUGUGCAUCAACCACAAUGGUCGUUGUCCCGGCGAGUGCGCGUGGAGCUACGGCAGCUUCAACUGUCAACAGUACAACGCUGCCCUGUUCAAACAGGUGAACAUGACCGGCGAGAAAUUCUUCCCAGGCACUGGCACAGAGUUAAAACACCUGACAGGUGACAAAGCUGUGGACAACGACCUUUCCACAGACCUCAGCCGGUGUGCUCUGGCCUACAGGUUUGAUGGCAUGGAGGUCCUGAUCAUGACAGUCGAUAUGGGUCGGCUGGUGAGGGUCAAUAAAAUCACUUUGCUGGGUGUCGACCAUGAUCACCCACUGAAGAGCCGCCUGCAACUGGAGCUUGACGACCAGGUGUGCUUGCAGCGUGACCUGUCGUACGCGCCGCCUCAACAGGAAGACGUCACGUGCGAGUCGGACAUGGUGGGGCGCAUCUUGAAGCUGACGUCCUUCCAUAAAAUGAUCAAACUGUGCGAACUGCAAGUGUGGGAGUGCACUGCAGGAAUGUUUGGAGACAAUUGUGAGCGUGAGUGCCUUUGCAAGGACCCAGAAGAGGCCUGUGACAGAGUGACUGGCAAAUGUCACAGUGGAUGUAGACUGGCACACCGACAGGCAAACUGUCAGGAACGUAAUGUUGCCCUGGUGAGAAAAUGCCAACAAAGCUCAUUUCGGCCGACCACUGGGAAUACACCUGGAGGGUUCUGUCAGUAUGCUGUGGACGGACUUCGCUCUACCUCCCUCAGCUUCUGUGCAGAGACCCACAACAGCCAAGGUGUUGGGUGGAUCCAAGUGGACCUCGGCAUUAACCGUUAUGUCACUCUGGUUGAAGUCUUAGGUCAUCACAUGCACAAAUCCAGACUGAGGGAGCUGGUGGUGAAGGUAGAUGGCAACCUGUGCGAAGAGUUCACUACAAACCACAUCAACGAACCCAUCGUGCGUAUCAGGUGCAGGUCGGCGAUUUACGGGCGAGUCGUGAGGAUCGAAAAAAAGUUAACAUACCCAAACGACAAAGAACUGACCAUCUGUGAACUGGAAGUCUGGGAGUGUGUAGACGGCUCGUGGGGCCCAGAGUGCCAGUACUCCUGUAACUGCAAGGACAACAAAGAAGUGUGUCACAAAGUCACAGGUGCCUGCCAGUCAGAUUGUCCUCCAGGCUUCAUGGGAACCAGCUGCCAGGAAGUGUGCGAGCCAUCCAAGUUUGGAGUGCAGUGCCAGGGUACCUGCCAUUGCUACGAAGACCAGGCGGUGUGCCGGCCCUCUGAUGGAAACUGCCCAUAGGUUGCGCAGCUGGGUGGUUAGGUUCCGGAUGUUCCGAGCCGUGCUCCAAAGACAGGUAUGGCAUCAACUGUGGCUUCGACUGCCCGAGCUGUACCACUGAUGGCAUUGAGUCGUACCCGUGUGACGCCAAGAGUGGGGCGUGUCAGAACUGCACCCUGAACUCGGACAGAAUGACGUG